CCGAUUGUGCUAAUAAGUCAACCAAGAACUUGCUUUAAUGAAAAGAAUUAGACAUAAUGCAUGCCAGCCAUUCUCCCCUUUUGACCUCAUCACUUCACCAUUAAUCUUCAAUCCAAUCCCUAAUCCCCAUUCCCCACAAUUCCCUAACUACCAAAAAACCAUUUCUGUUCCUUCUUCUUAGAUUCCACCAUCGCCAUUUUUAGCAAUCGAGUUGCAGACCUCCGCUUCCAAAAUCCAUUACCGUAGUUGUAGUCAGUGUGGAUAUAGUCCACCCCCAACUUUCCCUUUCUUCAAUUCCUGCUCUCUCUCUCUCUCUCUCUCUCUCUCUCUCUAUUUACUCCACUUUCCAGACUACACUUCCCCAUUCCUUCUUCUUCUUGAAUUCCCAUCCCACCACCACCGCCAUGCCUCUCCUUCUACUGCUCUUCUUCCUCCUGCGCUUCUUCACUUCUUUCCAAUCAGCUCUCUCCGCUGCUCCAUUUGAUAUUGCCUACCACAUUGAUUGCGGCGGCCCCACCAACGUCACCGACCCGUUCAACACCACCUGGCUCGCCGACAGAUACUACACCGGCGGAUCCACCUCCGUCGUCUCCGAGCCGCUCCACUUCCGGCACCCGCAGGAGAAGACGCUCCGCUACUUCCCGCUCUCAUCGGGGAAGAAGAACUGCUACAUUCUCCCUCUCCCUUCCGGCCGCUACUACUUCCGCACCUUCACCGUCUACGACAACUACGACGGCAAGUCCCACUCCCCUAGCUUCGACGCCUCACUGGAAGGCACUCUGGUCUUCUCCUGGCGCUCCCCCUGGCCAGAAUCCCUAGCUCGCGACGGCGCCUAUUCCGAUCUCUUCGCCUUCGUCAAGGACGGGGAGGCGGAUGUCUGCUUCUACAGUAUCGCCACUGACCCGCCCGUAAUUGGCUCACUCGAAAUCCGCCAGGUCGAUCCGUUGUCCUACUCCGCCGCCGAUCUUGGUGACCGGUUUAUUUUGGUCAACUACGGCCGAUUGUCCUGUGGUAGCGACCAAUGGGGGCCGGGUUUCACCAACGACGUCGAUUACUUCGGCCGAUCGUGGCAAUCCGACGAAGAGCUCCGCACUCCCAACACGUCCAAAAUUGUCCGCGUCGUCUCCACCAGGGAGUCGAUUUCGGGAGUCAAUCAGGCACCGAAUUACUUCCCGAUGAAGCUGUAUCAGAUGGCGGUUACCGGGAAUGGAGUGCUGGAGUAUGAAAUUCAGGUGGACGCGAAGAUGGAUUACUUGCUGUGGUUCCAUUUCGCUGAGAUUGACUCCACUGUCAACAAGAAGGGGCAGAGAGUCUUCGAUGUGUUGGUGAAUGAGAAGAACGCCAGCAGAGUCGACAUAUUUGCGCAGGUGGGGAGCUUCGCAGCUUACAGUUUUAGCUACACUGUGCAUAACUUGAGCAGCACUACUCUGAGCGUGAAGCUGGUGCCGGUAGCUGGUGGAGCGCCUAUUAUAUGCGGGAUUGAGAAUUACGCUCUUGUUCCCAAUGAUAUCGCCACUAUGCCCGAGCAAGUGACUGCCAUGAAAGCAUUGAAAGACUCUCUCCGAGUUCCUGAUAGGAUGGGUUGGAAUGGUGAUCCUUGUGCUCCCACGAACUGGGAUGCUUGGGAAGGGGUUACAUGCCGUCCAGACAUUAAUGAUACCGGCCUUGUCAUAUCCCAAAUAGAUCUUGGGAGUCAAGGCCUUAAAGGGUUCAUAAGUGAUCAAAUCAGUCUCCUUACGAAUUUGGUAAGCUUGUAAGUAUCUGCUACCAACAUUCUAAUGAACUUUUGACUUUGUGACGGUAUAGCUUAAAAUGGAAACAUACUUAUAGGAAUCCUAUUUCUACAAUUACUGUUAGAGGCAGUUGUCUGUUAUUACUAGACUUUUCCUUUGGGAAUUCCAACAAAUAAACUUCGCAUGCUAGUCACUAUCCUUCAUUAUCUGCUUUCUACUGCUAGCUUUCUUAGUACAGAAAGGAAGCAUAAGAAGUGAUCAGGUUUCCUCCAAAGGGAACUUACCACCCCUCAGCUUUCUCUGUAGAAGCCGAUGUUAGAUUCUGACACAGUUUUGAGAACUUCACUUUUCUAUUUGAAUCGAAAAUUUAUAUGCAUCCAGUGUAGCUAAAUAAUUAUAAUUACAUAAUGUUCUUCAAAUAUACAGGAAUAUGAGUGGCAAUUCAUUGGGAGGAAACUUACCUGAUGGGCUCGGUCAUAAAUCUCUCGUACGGCUGGAUUUAUCAGACAAUCAGUUCUCAGGUCCCAUACCAGAAAGUUUAACUUCUUCGAGUCUGAAAUUAAUGUUAUUGAAUGAUAACCUAUUAGAAGGGCGAGUCCCAGAAGAACUUUAUUCUAUUGGUAUGCAUGGUGGAUCCAUCAACCUUUCAGGUAACAAAGCCUUGUGUGGUGUACCCUCAUUACCAGACUGCUCCUUAGUGUGGGAAAAUGGUCAUUUAUCCAAGGGUGGCAAAAUCGGUAUCGCUAUAGCUUGUGUUGUGGUAUUCCUUGGGAUUCUUUUCGUGAUCUACAUUUGCUGGAUCAGAAGGACUAGACAUGAUUAUGACUUUGCUCCACCUCAUGACCUAAUGUCAAUGGCAGCAAAAAGGAACAGAUACCAAAGACAGAAGUCGUUGAUGCUUCUGGAAAUGGAGAGUCAACAUGCCAAGGCAUUAUCAUCACCAGGUCCCAACUAACAAACCAGGUCGUAUAUCCGAAGUGGUAAACAUAUUCAUCUAUCUGCGCAACAUGCUCUUACGACAUCCCAGCACAGCUCAAAUCGAACAAUGGAUGAUGAGAAGGAACCGAGAUGGCAGGGGACCCAGAAUGUGACAAGUGGAAAGUUCUUGGCCAAGAAAAGCAAGGGGGCCGUUUGAGCUGUAAGAUGAGAUGAUAAUGACCUUGCUUCCUUCCCUUCCUUCCCCAGUUUUGGAAUCUGUUGCAUGGGAUGGGGCCAGUGAAAGUCGCAUGGAUACAACCUUUAUACAAAUAACACACAGAAAACUGUCUAUAUGUUGAUGAUGAUACAAUGUAUCUUGCACUGAUUUUUUUUUAGUUUGCCUAGAUUCCCCCACUGGCCGUGGAAAGCAAAUUGGAUAAGGCUUCCCAUUCUUCUGUAACUCACCACCAUUGUGCGCCUUUUUUGGGACUGUUGCUGUUGUGUAAUGUUAACUGUCAGGUACAGGAUGUCAUGCUAACUUUCUAUAAGGACAAUUAGGGAAUUUUGAUUAUUUAAAAACUGGAUCUAAAUAUGAGUUAGGUUUUCGAGUUCGGAUUCUUCUGUGGCUGCCUGCCUGCCGUUUCGUUUUCCGGUCGGAGUCUUCACUUCAUCGUCGACGAGGAAGCUGGUCGGCCUGCUCCCGGUGGUUGCAGUUUAGGCGGCUGGUCGAUUUCGUAUGGGCUCGUCGUCGGGGGACGGGUGUGCGUAGUGGUCGUCGAGUUUCCGUCGACCAUGGUUUUCUUUGGUCAUCACGACCAGUCUUCUGCAACGUCCACCAGCCCGCCGGAUUAUGUAUGUUCGUUGAAGUGCAUCCGUGAAAUUUGGGAUUCUUGCUUCUGCUAGGCAUCACGUACGUGACGAAGAAGCAAAGGAACGCAACAGCUAUCAAUUGUAGCCUUAGUUGUAUUCAAGAUUCGGUGAUUGUUAAUGAGCUUUUUUGUGGUACCCUAGGAUUGAGGAACGAAGACUAAAUGGUUUUUUUUUUAAUUAUUG